AUGAAUCGGCCACGCCCGCCGAGAGGGGCACCACCCCGAGACAACUCACACAACGAAACCGACGCCCCGACAAGAAGCUUCGGCCGGCAGCCCUCGCAGCGAAGCGAACAUACCGCUCGGCACUAUAUGCCCAACUCUUCCGCCCUCGCGAUGGAAGAUUACUCCGAGUAUAAUCCUGACGAUUACUCCGAGGAUAAUCCUGACGAUUACUCCGAGUAUAACUCUGACGAUUUGUCUGACUACGACGAAGAUGGAACGGAUGGAUAUUAUCAAAAUAACCCGCACCAGAUUUCCCAUCACAUCAGGUCGCGAAUUCUUCCCUGCUGCGAAGAAUGCAUCGUCGAGCGUGUAGGCGUAUUCAACGACGUCAUAGCCGAGUAUGAAUACGAGUAUAGAAUGCUCUUGGACAUAUUCGACGAAGAGUCAGAGCGGUACGAAAACGGCACGUUUGAUAAUCACGUCGUAAACCGCGAAAUCAAUGCGUAUAUGUACGAAGGUCAUUUCCCCGAAGCAAAUGAUUUUGCACGAAGGUACCCGAUUCGCGAACGACCAUCGAGGCAGCCGGUGAGCUCGGAAUAUGCAUCCCGAGGUGGUUUUCGCCAACCGCCUGUCAGAUCUCAUGAACGGCAGCGCGAAUUUGGUCCGGCUCGACAGCCUGCUCCCAAUCCGCAACUUCCGCUUCCAGUUCCUACUGCGCGCGUGCACGUAAGACCUAUGAGUUCGUCUAACGUGAAACCCGCGAGCUCAUCUAACGCCCUCUCGGAGACCUCUAGAAGUAGGACCGUAGAGCAACGCCCUCGUACUGCCCGUGGACGUGAUGGACUUAUCAAGAGUACGAAACCAUCUCGGCCGGUGCCAAGCCAGCCCGCAGCCGCGACAAGAACGGCGACUCAAGGUACUGCACAAUCGAAUACGACAGGCCUUAGGGGCUUUCAUCCAGGAUAUCUUUUCUUUCCAGUUGGACAGCAUAGUCUUUUCGGGCCGCAAAGUCGUGAAAGGUUAUUCGGGAAGCGAUGUAUUGAAUCGCCGCUACGACCGUCCCUCGGGGAGAUGGUACCAGCCGAGCGCAGUAGCAGUCAUGGUAUAUUAGACCAGUCUGCCCCUGCUGCCAAGGAAGAUGGCUACAAGUCUGGAGCAGUUGAUCCGCAGCCAGGGGAUGUCCCGAAAAGACCCCGCGGAUCUCGUGGACGAGGGCGCCGACGCCAUAAGGAGCGACGUAGUGGCACUGUGCUCUCCGGGCAUAGUCAACCCCAACGCUAUCGCUCUCGAUCACCUCUCCAGGGUUGUCGGGACCAACAAACCAGGCGGCGAUCCGCAAGCCCUCGAUCGCAAGCCCGUCGAUACUAUUAG